AUGCCAGCAUCCAAAGAGAUCCUCUUAGCUGAUUCGUGUUCCACCACAGUUAUGCCCAAGAUUUCCAAGAAGACAGACUUCCAGCUAGUCCGGGUCAAAAAUACUUGGUGUCGGAUCAAGGAAGGUGAGCCCCUUCAUGGUUCUGAAGAUGAGAUCACUGUCUCACAGGCUAAAAUAGCUGAAAUUCUCUCAGAUGGCGAGAUAACCUGGACAAUUGAGGCCCCUAUCUACUUUUGCUAUAAAGUGGUGGAAACAUGCAGUCUCCUGAAUCCUGCCAAUCCGACACUGCUGUACGGGCACAUCAGAGAUCCAGAGAAACUAGAGAAAGCCCUCAACAACAAGGAAGUACAGAAGCGUUUCAUUGUAAUGGAUAAGACUGUUGAGGAGCUUUACGGCUCCAUAGUCAGGAAAUAUUUUGAUGACAACUAUGUUCAAUAUAAAAUCCUUUCCUUGCCCACCACAGAAGAAACCAAAUCUAUGGAUUUGGUGCUAGAUAUCCUGCAAGAAGUGCAGAGCUUUGGCAUUGACAGGCGCACUGAGCCAAUCAUAGCGAUAGGAGGUGGAGUAUGUCUGGAUAUUGUGGGUUUGGCAGCAUCACUUUAUAGGAGACGAACCCCUUACAUUCGGGUCCCGACCACUCUUCUGUCGUACGUUGAUGCCAGCGUCGGAGCAAAGAAUGGUGUCAAUUUUCUUCAGUGCAAAAACAAGCUUGGAAGCUAUGUCCCACCUGUAGCCACUUUUCUGGACCGAGUCUUCAUCCAAACAAUCCCACGCCAGCAUAUCUCCAAUGGACUUGGAGAAAUUUUAAAGAUGGCACUGAUGAAGCACAAAGGCCUGUUUGAGUUAUUGACAACCCAUGGGAAAUUCUUACUGGAUACUAAAUUCCAGUCACACAAUGGGUUAGUUGAUCAUGGGGAUGCUGCACUGAAGACAACCAGAAUUGCCAUAGAAACUAUGCUUGAAGAACUUGCUCCAAACCUCUGGGAAGAUGAUUUGAACAGACUGGUUGACUUUGGUCACCUUAUAAGCCCAGAACUGGAAAUGAGAGCUUUACCGUCGCUGAUGCAUGGAGAAGCUGUGAAUGUUGAUAUGGCUUUCAUGACUUACCUGUCCUAUGUGAAGGGGCUUUUAAGCGACAAGGAGAAAACCCGUAUUAUUCAGUGCAUGUCUACUUUGGAGCUCCCAGUAUGGCAUAAAGAAUGCACGUGGCAUCUUAUUAAAAAGGCCUUAACAGAAAGAUUGAAACACAGUGCUGGCCAGAUGAGAAUGCCUCUUCCAACUGGACUUGGAACAGCAGAUAUAUUCAAUGACAUCAGUGAGGAAACCCUGGAAAGGGCUUACAUGAUCUGGAUCAGUGAAUGCAAGCCUACCUCUGUGAUACCAUGAAGACAAUGAAAGCUGUCAGCUGACAAUAGCAC